AUGCGCUGCCAUAAAUGCCUCGAGAGGGGCCACACGAGGGCGCUGUGCCCCGGUGAGGCGGAUCGCAGCGGGAGGUGCUACAGGUGUGGAGAAGCCGGUCACACCUCCCGCGGCUGCCGGUCGGCCCCUAAAUGUCCGCUCUGUACGGACAGGGGCAGACCGGCGGCGCACGUGCUGGGCGCUAACACGUGCAUCCAGCGCAACGUGCGCGGACGCCCACCGGGUGCUCAAGGGAAGGCGCCGGUCACUGCGACUUCCCCCCUGGCUGAAGCUCAGCCGGCGAAAGAGGAAAAGGGGGAGCCGAACGGCGGACUGGACGAGGUGCCCAAGCCGCAACGCCAGUCGCGCCAGGAGGCGCGCAAGGGAGGGGCCCCCGACGUAGAGGCCAUGGAAGUGGAGGCCCCGUCGGACGGGGGGGAUAAGGCCCAGUAA